CUACAUGACUUUUCAACAACGAUACGCCAUUGAUUCUACGCACUGGGGUGGUGCUAAAGCAAACGCGCCGAUCUUAGCAUUUCUUGGAGAGGAAUCGUCAUUAGAUUCUGACUUGUCUGCCGUUGGCUUUCUUCGUGACAACGGUCCCCGCUUUAAAGCGCUCCUCGUCUACAUAGAGCAUAGGUAUUAUGGUAAGACGAUGCCAUUUGGAUCAGCAGAAGAAGCUUUGAAGAACGCAAGUACGUUAGGGUAUUUGAACGCAGCACAAGCCCUAGCAGACUAUGCAACAAUUCUCUUGCACGUUAAGGAGAAGUACUCUACCAAACAC